UCUCCAACACCAAACUCACAACAACAACAACAACAACAACAACAACAACAACAAUGGCUUCUAGCACCGUACAAGUGAAAGACGAGCGGGCCGGGGCGGAGAUCGUGUACGGGCCAGAAGAGUGCCAGAAACACUCCCACGAGCUACUACAAGAGUUAGGGUUCCCAAAGGGUGUGAUGCCUUUGAAGGAUCUUGUAGAAUGCGGAAGGGUGCGCGAAACCGGGUUCGUGUGGAUGAAGCAGAAAGCACCAUCAGAGCAUUACUUCGAAGAGAGCAAGACGCUUACGAGUUACGCAAUAGAAGUAACUUCUUAUGUCGAAAAGGGGAAGAUGAAGAAGAUGCAUGGUGUGAAAAGUAAGCAGUUGUUAAUGUGGAUUACUAUUACUGAGAUGAGUGUUGAUGAUCCUUGUUCUGGUAAGAUUCAUUUCAAGACUGCUGUUGGUAUUGGCAAGUCUUUUCCUAUUACUGCUUUUAUGAAUGCUGAGGAGAAGGCUAAGUAUUUGGAGGAUAAGAAAUCGGCUGAUCAGAAGUAAUAAAAUUGUCCGAUCUCUUUAGUUUUUCUUACGUCCAAGUAUAAAUAACACUACUGUUAUGUUAUGUUAUGUUAUGUUGUCUAUGUUUUGUUCGGUGGCCAUGAUUUGAUAACGCUACCCACCUCUAAUAGAUCGGGGAUGUUGUGUAUGUUUGAGUAAGGUUGCAUUUGCUAUUUGGCUUAUUGGAAAUUGACGUGAGAAGCUGAGUAUUAAAAUCUUGUCCAUUUUAUCUAUUGAAGAUUUGAAGCA